CUUUGAACUGAUCACCUUCAUUGUUUGACUAUCAAGGGACCUGUAUAGAUUGACAACCUGGCAUUUCGGGACGUCAAGCAGUUGUUGAGGUCCAAAUAGGUCGUGUUCAAGAUGGGGCGAAUGGCGGAAGCGCAGCGCAGGCUGCUAGAGCAAAUGAUGGGUCCUGAGGCAAUGGGAUACGUUGUUGUCAACCUGGAUUGGUGGGACGAAAAGGUCUGCAGAAAUUUCUUAUUUGGAACCUGCCCGCAUCUCAUCUUCGGUAACACUCGUAUGGAUCUCGGACCGUGUCCCAAGACUCAUUCCGAUCGCAUUCUGAAGCAAUUCCAAGAGCACAUGGCGGCGCACCCUAACGACCCGCGAAUCGCUGCGUUCAGGCAAGAACACGAAAACACGAUCCACGGCUUCAUCGAAGAUUGCGACAGGCGUAUCAGAGCGAGUCAGAGAAAGUUGGAAAAGACGCCAGAGGAGAACAGAAAAACCAUUGAUCUGAUGAAGGAAAUCGGUGAAAUUGAGCUGUCCAUUCAAGGCGGUACGGAGGAAAUUGAGGCCUUAGGAGAGGCUGGUAAAGUCGAAGAGUCCAUGGAGAAGCUUGCUGCGGUCGACGCGCUGAAGAACCUCAAGGCGGACAAGGAGAAGGAGUUGCAGGAUUUGAACGAGACAGCAGGUGCCUCAGGUCACCAAAAGCUGCGAGUGUGCGAGACUUGUGGUGCCAUGUUGUCCAUGUUGGAUAGUGAUAAGCGUCUCGCAGAUCAUUUCGGUGGAAAGUUGCAUUUGGGCUAUAACGAGCUGCGUCUCUUGCUGGCCAAAUUUGCCGAAGACCGAAUGACAGGUCGAACGGCUUCCAAUGCACCUGCGGCACCUACGUCUGCUCCUCCAGCCAACGCACCCGCCGGUCCAGCAGGACCUCGUCCGAAUCCACCCCUCUUCGCUCCCUCCGGUCCCUCUGGACCAAGAGGCUCCCGGCCUGACGGCCCGGGAAGCUCACCGGCUCCUCAUACACCUCACGACGGACCUCGAGUGCCCCCAUCUGACGAAAUGCCAGCUGUUGGGCACGGCGACAAGGUCAAAAGAGAGGCUGGAGAGCUUGUGGAGGAUAUCAAGGAGUCUAGAUCUAGACGCGAUAGCGAUGCGUCAGGGAUGGACAGGGACAGAUACCGUGAGAGGGAAAGGAGUGACCGAGACAGAGAGAGAGACAGAGACAGAGAGAGGGACAGAGAUAGGGAGAAGGACAGAGAUAGAUACAAGGAACGAGGAGAUGGAGAGAGGGACAGGCAUCGCGAUGAGCGGUAUGACAAAUACGAUCGGGACAGGUGAGGAGAAGCUCAGGGUGCGCCUCCUGCUGAUCAAGCCUCAGUCGAAGCAGUCGCUACGACGAUCGAGACCGCCGGGACAGAGAUAGGGACAGGAACUACGAGUGGGUCGUCUGCUUGCCAGACAUCAUGUUGUGCUUAUCGUUCUCAGUGAUGAUCGUAGGAGGGAGAGAG